GGCGACUUUGGUGGAUUUCCCGUCAUAGUUUCUUGCUCCUCGUCACACUUACCCAAGUCCAAAAUCUCACCAGGCAGCCUCAGAGAGUCGUCUAACUCCCCCGUUGAUCAACCCAAAUCCCUCAGCUCCGUCCCAGGCUCCUGUAGAGAACAGGUGAAUAUGAAGGGACAGAGCUUUAUGGACGAUUUGUCUUCCCGUCUCACGAACGGAUACGCUAAAGGAGAUCGCAGGUUUGGACCUUGUGAUGCUUUUCAAGUAGAGAGCUUCUCUUCCAAGGAGGACGAUGGCUUUGCUGAUUUCUCGGUGUUUGCAGAGCAGGCGGCUCACCCCUGGUGCUGCGGCUUCUCUCCGUUAGCUACCACAGAACAGAGGGCCCCCCAGGUAGAAGGGACCGACCCUGGGGAACGAGUGUGCGAUGUUAUCAUGGACUCCGAGCCCAGAUCUUACGAUAACGUUUGCACCAACAUCAAUCACUGUGAGAGAAGAUGUGCAGCUGUUGUGAAACCAUCUCAGGACCAACGUCAACCUCAGGAAGCCGCAGCAGGUCUGGAAUGUGAGGAGCCGGAGGAUGUAGAGGAACAAAGAGAGCGCUGCGGAGACUUUAGGUGUGACAAAUCUUUGACCAACUCCGAGGUUGAGGAGAAUGAAGACGCGGAGAAGAAAACAGGAACAAGCGUGUAUGACUCUGCUUCAGAGGACCUGGCGUCUCUCUGCGACGACUUCUCCUUCGAUGGCGUCUCUGCAGACAUGGAACCCAAUGUUUCGUCUCUGGCUUCACACGACGAUCAGACCGACUGGGACCAGACGGACGAUGAGGGCGACGAGCUGGGACACUGUGGAAAUCCCUACUCUUUGGAUAACACUAGCAUGGCAAACCUCUGCCAAAGUGAGGAAGAGAAAGGUUUUCACUGCGGGGACCAGUCAGUGACUCAGGAACAUGCUGCUACCUCCACCUCGUCAUGUGAACGGGAUAGUUCUGCUGACGACGACGACAAAGUAUCUGAAGCACACAGUGAUCCUGAAUGUGAGCCCAGUGUCGGGGGUCUACCACCGAGUGACAGCUUUGCUGAUUUCUGCUCAGCGCCUACAGAGGGCGAUGGAGACACUUCUUGGGCAGAGUUCCCCGGUCAGAGAACUAGGGAGGAGGAACAGCCUUGGACAGACGGAGGAGACAGAAGCGUACAGACAGACGGGGACUCUGAAGGACGUCAAGACGGCAUCGAAGAGUGUGGAGUUUUAAGGAGAAACAGUUGUCAGACUUCAUUUUCCUGCCGAGUUCAUCAACUGCUCUGGUCCAGUUUCCCUGACAUAGGGGUCGCAGCUGUGGAGGAGGACGUGGAGACGCUGACCCUCGGGGCUCUGCUCUUCACCCAGAUGCCUGAUCUGAGGCUGCAGAGCGGCCUCUGGUGGCCCAACCAAGAUGUCACCGGUGCUUUGGGCCUUCAGUUCCAGUGGCCUGGUUCCCAUACAAACACGACUCUGCUCAGGUGCCUCAGUGUCAACAAAAGAGACAAGGGAAUACGUGAACCCACCAAAGAUUCUGUGCCAGGAAAUCGAUCAGACACAGAUGGUCUUCCAGGUCCUGGUACCAAACCACAACCCUCAGUGAAACAACUUCAGGAGACGCUCUCCUCCAAACAGCCGGAGAGGAGCAGCCGCGGCCUUACCAGCGCUCAGGACGACUGCCCUGCUGUCAACUUGGAUUAUUUUGGUUGUGAUGAUGGAGAGGACAAGAGACCCAGCAGCAGCAACAGCCCCCCACCAGGAGUUGACCGUGAGCUGUACGAACUGACCAUGAACAAACUGGAAACCAAGGCUAACAGCUGCCACCUAGAGGACACUCUGAACCGCCUGAUGUCUGCUGCAGAGAAAACCAGCGUCUCAGUCAGAACACCAAAGCAAGAAGAAAAGCUGAGUUCAGAGGCCAGAACGAUGAUUGCUAAACUCCCCAACUUGUCCUUCAUGAGGGCCUCGGUCCUUAUGUUCCCAAGCAUCCUUGUCCCUAAAGAGUCUUCAGUUUUAGAGUAAUUCCUCUUCAACACACAGACAUUUGGUUCAAACUACUCCACCUGUUGGCCACUUGUAGGUAUAAACCAGUAUAACAAACGGACAUGAGAUCAUUUUAAAUCGAGAGCAGUCAGCGAAUUUACUUGGAAUUAAAGUUAGCACAGCUUUAAAAAAAAAAGGUCUUAAGUCUCCUACGUAGAGCUGGAAUUUCCCAACGUUUU